AUGACAGCAACAAACAACAACAGCAACUUUAUCAUUUCUGAUGAACAAGUUAUUGAUUCAUUAGUUGAGGAAUUAGUUGUGGCAGAAACUAAAACCCUCAACGAAAGAAUUGGUGAAAACAAGAUUGAUUUACAUAACUACCUCAAAUACGAUGGAGGAAGAGGAAGGAAAACUGGUAUGGCUUUAUUAGUAAAUAAAAUAUCAAAUUUAACGAUUAUAGAUGUUGAUAUCAAUAAAUCGUACAAUGAUGAACUUAAAGAAACAGUUAGAAAAGACAUUUUAUCAAAACUUUCGGAUAAAGAUGUUAUCGUUAAAACCGCAUCAGGAGGUCUUCACAUUUAUUGCAACACUAAUUUCUUCUAUGCAGUUUCGAACAGAAUGAUUAAAUGUUAUUCCUGCAAUGAUUAUGAUAUUGACAUAAUGACUUCUAUGGAUGAUUCAAAACGUUCUUUAGUAGUUAUGGCUGAUUCAAGAGUUCGCAAGAAUGCAACAGAACCAAUCAAUACAUACUCAUUCAUUCGUGGAAGUUAUGAUUCAACAUUAACCAGAACAGUGAAUGAUAUAUUAAAUGAUUUGAAUAUUAAGGUAAGAGUUGAACAGAAGAAUGAAGAAAUAAAGAGUAUAAUGAAAACAAAGAUGUAA